GGAGGGGGACACGGCCAGCAGCGACCCCCGCCUCAGCCACGAGGGCAGCGCGGAGGGACCCCCCCGCCCUCCCGUCACCACCAGCCCCCGGGGGCCUCCCGCUCGGCGCGGCCCGGGUGUGGGAAGGCACCGGGGAGGGGCGGGCGGUGCCUGCCCGCGGGGGGAGCGGAGCGCGGAGCCCCCUCCCCCGCCUGGCCGCUGGCUGCCGCCUCUCCCCGCCGCUCGGCCGGCCCGCGCCGCCACCGCCGCCUCCAUCUUGAGCGUGUGUCCCCUGUUCCCCCCCCCCCCCCCCGCCUCCACAGCACCGAGAGCGUCGGGGGCGCUGGAGCCCCGGGGGGGAGCGGGGGGGAGGUGAGGGUGGUGGGGGGCGAAGCGGCACCGGGGCCGGAGCGGCAGCGGCGGGAGCAGCGGCGGCAGCAGCGGCGGCGGCGGCAAUGAGGAGGCGGCGCUGAGGAGGCGGCAGUAGCCGGAGCGGACGGAGCCGACAUCUUGUGCCCUCCCCUCCCGCCGCCGGCUGGGGUCUCUGGACCACAGGGAUGAGGAAGCCUCGGAGGAGGUGCCGGCAGCACUUGGAGGGGAGGCGUUCUCCCUCGCCCUACAGCCUCAAGUGCUCGCCCACCCGCGAGACGCUGACCUACGCGCAGGCCCAGCGCAUCGUGGAGGUGGACAUCGACGGGCGGCUCCAUCGCAUCAGCAUCUACGACCCCCUGAAGCUCAUCACCGAGGACGAGCUGACAGCCCAGGACAUCACCGAGUGCAACAGCAACAAGGAGAACAGUGAGCAGCCCCUCUUCACUUCCAAAUCUAAGAAAACACCUUCCAGAGGCAAGAAGAAGGAGUCCUGCUCCAAGCACACGCCAGGGAUAUCUUUGCACUUGCCCCAGCCCAAGUUCCGUGUGGUGGACUCCUUCAGCCAGCCAGAUGCUCCUCCCCUCCCUGCUGCCUACUACCGGUACAUUGAAAAGCCUCCCGAGGACCUCGACGGAGAAGUGGAGUAUGACAUGGAUGAGGAGGAUCUGGCAUGGCUGGAGAUGGUCAACGAGAAGAGAAGGGCUGAUGGUUAUGGGACAGUUUCUGCUGACACUUUUGAGCUGCUGGUGGAUCGGUUGGAAAAGGAGUCGUACCUUGAGAGCCGGAACAACGGGGCUCAGCAGUCCCUCAUCGAUGAGGAUGCCUUCUGCUGUGUCUGCAUGGACGAUGAGUGUCACAACAGCAAUGUCAUCCUGUUCUGUGACAUUUGCAAUCUGGCCGUGCACCAGGAGUGUUACGGUGUGCCCUACAUCCCUGAGGGGCAGUGGCUUUGCCGCUGCUGUUUACAGUCCCCUUCUCGCCCUGUGGAUUGUGUCCUUUGCCCAAACAAAGGGGGAGCCUUCAAGCAGACCAGCGAUGGCCGCUGGGCUCACGUGGUCUGUGCCAUCUGGAUCCCAGAGGUCUGCUUUGCAAACACUGUGUUCCUGGAGCCCAUCGAAGGGAUCAAUAACAUCCCUCCAGCUCGGUGGAAGCUCACAUGCUGUAUCUGCAAGCAGAAGGGCAUGGGAGCUGCUAUCCAGUGCCACAAGGUGAACUGUUACACUGCCUUCCACGUCACCUGUGCACAGAGAGCCGGUCUCUUCAUGAAGAUUGAGCCCAUGAGGGAGACCAGCAUCAACGGCACGACGUUCACCGUGCGCAAGACUGCCUACUGUGAGAGCCACUCCCCGCCUGGCACGGUGAGAAGAGGGUGUCCAGCUGCUGGUGGUGAUUGGCAGGAGGUCACUGUGAAGGAGGAGGAGGAAGAGGAGGAAGCCAAUUCUGGCCCUCCCAAAGGGUCUGUGAAGAAGAACCAAGUGAAAUUGAAACAAAAGAUCAAAAAGGAGCCUGGUGACGUGACCAAAGGGCGUUCGUCCAUGCCCGUGGUGACCGUUGCACAAAUUCCCUCUUACAGGCUGAACAAGAUCUGCAGUGGGCUCUCCCUGCAGAGGAAGAACCAGUUCAUGCAGAGGCUGCACAACUACUGGCUGCUGAAGCGGCAGGCGAGGAACGGCGUGCCCCUGAUCCGGCGGCUGCACUCGCACCUGCAGUCCCAGAGGAACGCCGAGCAGAAGGAGCAGGAUGAGAAGACGAGUGCAGUGAAGGAGGAGCUGAAGUACUGGCAGAAGCUCCGGCAUGACUUGGAGCGGGCUCGGCUGCUCAUCGAGCUCAUCCGAAAGAGGGAAAAGCUCAAAAGGGAGCAGGUGAAGGUGCAGCAGGCUGCCAUGGAACUGCAGCUGACCCCUUUCAAUGUCCUGCUCCGCACAACCCUGGACCUGCUGCAGGAGAAGGAUGCUGCCCAGAUCUUCACAGAGCCUGUUAACCUGAACGAGGUUCCAGAUUACCUGGAAUUCAUUUCCAACCCAAUGGAUUUUUCCACCAUGAGGCGGAAGCUGGAGUCCCACCUGUACCGAACCUUGGAUGAGUUUGAGGAAGACUUUAACCUUAUAGUUGCCAACUGCAUGAGGUAUAAUGCUAAAGACACGAUUUUCCACCGAGCAGCUGUCCGGCUCCGGGACCUCGGGGGAGCGAUUUUGCGUCACGCGCGGCGCCAGGCCGACAGCAUCGGCUUUGACACUGGCGUGGGGAUUCACCUGCCUGAGUCGCCCAAGCCCCACGACUUUUACCGCUUUUCUUGGGAGGAUGUGGAUAACAUCCUGGUCCCGGAGAACCGGGCUCACCUGUCGCUGGAGGCGCAACUGAAGGAGCUGCUGGAGAAGCUGGACACGGUGAGCACCAUGCGCUCCAGCGGCGCCCGGACGCGGCGCAUCCGGCUCCUGCGGCGCGAGAUCAACUCCAUCCGCCACAAACUGGCCCAGCAGCAGAGCAAGGCCCUGCCCAACGGGGACACUGUGCCACGGGAGGGGCUGGAGACAACAUCCAGGGAAGGGGAUGAGGAAGGGGAGAAAGCAGAUGGUGCCAAGCUCGCGUACCCUCCGACCCUGGAGCCCACAGGACCCGCACCCACCCUCUCAGAGCUGGACUCUCUGCAGGACCCUCCAACGCUCAAACCCAUCAGUGAAAGCAGGUCCCUGAACCAGCUGCAGAGGAGGAUGGUGUCAGACAGGGAGCUCUUCGACAAGAAGGCUCUGCAGCAGGAGAGCCAGGCUUUCCAACGCCUGCUGUCGUCCAACAACGGCCUCAACGGCCUGGCCCUGCCCCCUGCAGACAGCCCUGCCAGCCCCGCCCUCAGCAGCGUGGGCCGGCGGACUUCGGUCCUUUUUAAAAAAGCCAAGAACGGUGUGAAGCUGCAGAGGGGUCUGGAGUGCUCCCUGGAGAACGGGGAGGAGCACAGGCAGGGCGGGCAGCACUCACCCUCCUGCCCCGACGGGGAGCGGCAGGCGCGGAAACGCUCUGCCCUGGGCACUGGGCUGGUGUUGGAAGCCUGCAGUGGUCUGAUGCCUCCCAAGCGGAGCCGAGGGAAGCCGGCUCUUUCUCGGGUGCCCCUCUUGGAGGGUGUGAAUGGAGACUCUGAUUUCAGUGGCUCAGGCAGGCCUCUCCUGAUGUCCUUUGAGAGCCAGGCUGAGCUGGAACCCCUGGAGCUGGUGUGGGCCAAGUGCCGUGGUUAUCCCUCCUACCCUGCCUUGAUUAUCGACCCCAAGAUGCCGCGCGAGGGUUUGCUGCACAACGGAGUCCCCAUCCCUGUGCCCCCCUUGGAUGUCCUGAAGCUGGGGGAGCAGAGGCAGACAGAGGCAGGAGAAAAGCUCUUCCUUGUCCUUUUCUUUGACAACAAGAGGACCUGGCAGUGGCUGCCACGGGACAAAGUCUUUCCCCUGGGCGUGGAUGACACCGUGGACAAGCUGAAGAUGAUGGAGGGACGCAAAACCAGCAUCCGCAAGUCGGUGCAGGUGGCCUACGACCGAGCCAUGAUCCACCUGAGCCGAGUGCAGGGGGACAACCCCUUCAUGCCAGCCACCUACCUGUGAGGGGCUGCUGGGGCAGCCCUGCUGCUCCUCCACACUCCCUGCACUGCAGAGUGCAGCACCUCCAGCAGCUGUCAGCACGCCUCGGAGCACCCUGAAAUGUUGCCAAAAAAACCCUUGUCCAGCUUCUUCCUGAAUGUGUCUUGCUGAAGAGCUGGCAGGAGAUGAAAUGUAGUCUACAGGGAGUAAGGUAGGUAGGAAAAGCUGGCAGGUGACAGGAGCCAAGGUGAGUUGCUGCGGUGAGCAGAGCACACAGCACUUGGAUGUUGGGACCUCAUGCACCGUCCCCUGCCCCUGCCUCUCCUGGACUGCCAGGGUUUUGGGUCAUCAGCCAGUCCCAGGUAAUUCCUGAGAACCUGGCACCCCCAGGAUUCCUUACAGAAAUCCCAACUGGACUUUCUUGUGCCAAAUUUACCCUAACCAUCAUUGGCCUUUCCAUUUUUCUUUAAAUGACAUUGUCCUAUCACAUAAAAACUGCACAGAAUCAUAGCUGGGAGCUCUGAUUGUGAUUCUCCUGCCUAAGUCCAUCGUGUUUUCAUGUUUAGAUUUCUCUCACUGCAUUUAGAAAAGCUUGAGAUUUUGGUAACCUUCCCCCCCUGCAGAGUUUCAUGCACAGAGCUUUAAAGAUGAAAAUCAAAUUACCUGAUCUGUGUCUAUA